AUGGCGAUUACACCCACCCAAUUCGCGGUCAUGACGCGGAAGUCCGCCAAUUGGUCCGACGCCAAACGACGAGUGCUUUCUGCGUAUCGAAGCUGGAUUCGAGCGGCUCCCGAGAUCCGAACCAUGUACAAUGUCCCUCUUCCUGUAUCCGCUCUCCGAACCCGGGUGCGUCAGGAGUUUGAGAGGCACAGGUUUGUCAACAAGCUCGCCGUUGUCGACGUCCUCAUUAUGAAGAACAAUGCCGAAUACCAGGAAAUGAUGAACUUCUGGAAGCAAACCACACACGUCAUGUCGUACUUCAAGGAGGAGAACUUCCGCGGUGACAACAGGUUGCCGUCGAGCUUCAUCGAGGGAUUUUUGGAGGGUCGUAACUAA